GUCAGGAGAGUGGUGGCGAGCCAAGGCUCUUUCAACGGGCAAAGUGGGCUUCAUUCCCAGCAAUUAUGUGGCCAAGGCCAACUCACUGGAGACGGAAGAGUGGUUCCUGACAGGUAUGAGCCGGAAGGAUGCUGAGCGUCACCUGCUGGCUCCAGGAAACUUUAUCGGCUCGUUCAUGAUCCGAGACAGUGAAACAACUAAAGGGAGUUAUUCCCUCUCCGUAAGAGACUUCGAUUCCCAAAACAAAAUGGAGGUGGUCAAACACUACAAGAUUCGAACUCUGGACAACGGGGGUUUCUACAUCUCCACCCGGAGCAACUUCCGCACUCUGCAGGAACUGGUCAGCCAUUACAAAGGCCAAGCCGACGGGUUGUGCCAGAAGCUGACCCACCCCUGCGUGUUGCCGAAACCUGAAAAACCCUGGGAGAAGGAUGCUUGGGAAAUCCCCAGAAGCUCCCUGCAGCUGGAGAAGAAGCUGGGGGCCGGACAGUUUGGAGAAGUCUGGAUGGCCGUCUAUAACGCACACACGAAGGUGGCUGUGAAGACCAUGAAGCCGGGCAGCAUGACGGUCAAGGCCUUCCUGGAAGAGGCCAACAUCAUGAAGACCCUCCAGCACGACAAGCUGGUCAGGCUCCAUGCAGUGGUGACCAAGGAGGAGCCCAUCUUCAUCAUCACCGAAUUCAUGGAGAAAGGCAGCUUGCUGGAUUUCUUGAAGAGUGACGAAGGCCAGGAUCAGCCUUUCCCCAAGCUGAUCGACUUCUCUGCCCAGGUGGCAGAAGGCAUGGCCUUCAUCGAGCAGAGGAACUACAUCCAUCGUGACCUCAGAGCCGCCAACAUCUUGGUGUCGGCACUCCUGGUGUGCAAGAUUGCGGACUUUGGCUUGGCCCGUGUGAUCGAGGACAACGAGUACACCGCUCGGGAAGGUGCCAAGUUCCCCAUCAAGUGGACAGCCCCUGAAGCCAUCAACUAUGGGUCCUUCACCAUAAAGUCCGACGUGUGGUCCUUCGGCAUCUUGCUGAUGGAGAUCAUCACCUACGGGCGGACCCCGUAUCCAGGGAGGACAAACCUGGAAGUGAUGCGCGCCCUCGAGCGUGGCUACCGGAUGCCACGUCCCCAGGGCUGCCCGCAGGAGCUCUACGAGAUCAUGUUGAGAUGUUGGAAGGAGAAACCGGAGGAUCGGCCCACCUUUGAGUACAUCCAGAGCAUCCUGGAGGACUUUUUCACCGGCACGGAAAAGCAGUACCAACAGCAGCCUUAGAAGGGAUGCGUGGCUACCCCGGCGUUGCCAGCGUGCCUGCUGUCCCAUGAGGCCAGGGAGGUGGAAGUUUUCGGCGUGGAGAAUCUGUGGUUUAGAGGCCAGAGACUUUUUUCCUACCUGCAAAUGUGGCUCAUAGACUGGUUCGCAAGCCCAGUUGGGUUAAGAACUGAAUGAAGCAAUCUCUUUGCUCUUCGCUGCAAACGAAUCAGACUGCAGUCAGCAGAAACCGCUUCAAAAAAUGGAAGAGAUUUUAUCCUAAUGGCUGUUGCGAAGCCACAGCAUUAUGGUGGAAGUUCCUGGGGUGUGUG